AUGUCGGGGACAGCCACCGCCGCCGCCGCCGCUGCUGCUGCGGUCGCCGGGCCUGGUGAUCUGUCGGGUAUCGCGUCCCGCAUCUUUCAGCUCUUUCGCGGUCCAACACACCCCGUAGACUUUCCAGCCUCCAUCGUCUCUGGCUUAUCCUCUACGGAUGCAGGCGUGCAGCGAGCAGCCAUCGCUGAGCUUCGAGCCUACGUCAAGCGCCUCUUCUUCCUCGAGUUCGAGCCCUACUUUUUCGUCAAUAUCCUCGUCACCGCCGGCAUCAUUUGCCUGCUCAUCGUCAUCGGCCUUCCUGUCGCGGGACAUCGACUGUACCACGGACGACUCAAUCCUAUCCGCGUGGAAAGACGCGCUCAGGGCUCCUACCUCGUUCCCAACGCUAUCAACUGUUUCUUGCUGCUCGAAGGCGCAUAUGGCAUCUUGACCGUCGCGUUCAACUUUGUCGUAUGGCAGAUCUUUGAUAAUCAUCAGGCAUGGUUGAUCAGAAUCUUCCAAGCCGCUCGCUCUUUGGUCUGGAUCCCUCUUUAUAUUGGCGCCUUCCUCACAGGAUGGGGCAGUUUCUACACCGCACCCGGUGCGCUCGACAAGCCCACUGCCGCACGCAACAAGACCAGCGCCAAAGGUCAUCUUCCUUGGCCCUUGAUUGUCAAUCUGUCGUGCUGGGGUGUCCCCGUCAUUCUCAUCAUUUCGCUGCUUCCACCCGUCUGCCUGUCUUCGGUCAAGAUGUCUCGCACUUUUGAAGACUGGCAGAAGUGGGAUCACCGCUUUCAAAUGCUGCUAGCUUCGACUGUUGCUGAUGCCCUGGUCGACCAAGCGGCUGUCAACGACUUUCGCUCGCAGGCCUACACCAUUUUCACUAACUGGACGCGAUCCUACUACUAUAUCGACAUCGGAUUUGUGCUGUGGGCAUUUUGGGCACUUCUUUUCCUCGUGUUUUACGUUCCUGCCGGUGGUGUACUCGUAUAUCUUCUCUACCGCCAGGUGACCAGACAGAGAGGCAUCCUGCUCAGCUAUCAGCAGAAGCUCGAGGCGCAGCUCGCAGAAACAACAAGGCACACCCAAGUCAGCGUGCUCACCCACGAUUCGCGUGCCGAGCCGCCCACAGGUCGCCUGGCAGCGGGGCUGUCGGCGCAGGAUCGCUCGCGGCCCGUGUGGUCGGCGGUGCAUCCCACCUCUGCGCUUGGCGCGCCCUUGGAUGACAUCUACGAAGACCGUGACGCGUCGGAUGACAGUCGAGGCACUCAUCGCAGCGGCGCCGGUGCCUCUUUCAAGAGUGCCGUCGACGUCAUGGGUCUCGAAUCGGCGUUGCGGCAGGAGCCCACACCAGCGCAUGGAGCCAACACGCCUGGCCUCACGUCUCGCAGCGGACAGGUGGCAAGCCUGACUGCCGAGAACGACGAGGCGAACGGCUCGCCGACCAUCGUACCGCGGUCGCCAUCGGCGUUCCGCAGGUUGAUGCGAUUAGACACGAGGACAAGUAGCAACAGGGGCGGCGGACCGAACUCGACCAGGUCGGUGCGACGCAAGCGCGUCUCUCUCUCGGGUGGUCCCAUGUCGCGGUACAGGUAUCUGCGCCGCUGUCUGAUCAAUCUGCUGAUCCUGUAUUUCGGCAUUAUCUCGGCUGCGUGCAGCUUCGGCGCUAUCACCAUCUACCUGGCGGCGGUGGAGUACGAGAGGGCUUUGCGUGGGCCGGACGUUGUCAAUUACUCGAUUGCGGCGGCAGGCAGCACGGCGGCCUGGGUGUCGGCCGUGUUUGGUGUGCUGACCAUUGGCUCGAUUUUCUUCCGCAACUUUGACGUACCCCAGCCGGAGGCGAGUCAGAACAGCGGCGAUGGAGGCGGCGGGAAUGGCGGUGCUUUGCGACGUCGUUUCAAUCGCAAUGCUUCGUCGGGGACUGGAUCUGGAGGAGACGAGCACGGCGGUGGUGUUGGCGGUGGUUUCCACGAAAAGACACGGACGCUGCCUGCGGUGCCGGAAAGUGUCGAUCUCGAGGCGUCGAUGAUGUCGAUGGUGCAAUCGCGACCACGUAUAGCGAUGAACACGGCGAUGAAGUUUGCGAUAGCCGAGCAGUCGAGUCGGCCCGGUGGAUUUGUGAUCCGUCCGGACGAUCAGUUGGCGUCGACGUUUUCGGCGGGCAAUACGCCAGAUAUGGAGGAACGUCAUGAUGGGCCCAACGACUCGCCGGGUCGGUCGAGUAGGACGAGAGUUCAACCUAUGCGGGCUCCACCUGCUGUGGCUCGCGUCUGGCCUGGUCGCGAGAGGGAGGCGACCAUGUCGAUCCCGCAGGAUGUGACCGAGUCGUUUGGAAUUUCAUCUUUGCCGAUGGUCGGACUUGGGUCGAAUGCCGGGCGAUCACGUCCUGGGGGUGUGGACCCAUCCGAGGACGUGAACGGGCAUUUCAGGUCGAACGAUUCGACGUUCGCCGAGUAUCCGUCGUUUGAUCCGCGCGUCAUCCGUGCUGCGAAUGGGGAGCCGACGACGCCUCCUCGAGGUAAUUCGGUGCGCUCGCCAAAGAAGUCGCCGAGAGCAUCGCCCAAGGUGGCGCAGAAGGAAGCUUCGGUUGCGCCGGCCGUGCUCAAGCGUCAUUCGAGGCGGGGUGAUAGUGCGAGUGGUAACGGAGUGGAAACGGCGGCUUCCAAGAUCGCGAGGGAGUGGGCCCAAUCGCAGUACGUUGCAGCGCCUUUGCCCGAACCGCCUGCGGAGGAGCAGGCGGCUGGGGAGGCGACAAGAGGUGAUAGUGCGUGGACGGGCGAUCUGGAGGGUUCCCCGCCUGUGUCGCGCAAGUUGUCGACUUCGAGACCGGCCCGUGAUCUGCGACGGAAGCUUGGUUCGCGCGAUUCGCAGAGAUGA